CGUGACGUAUAAUCUAGUGGACGGUUCUUCAGAAACAGCUCGUCAACCACCUCUGUAGCUUGCUAGUCAACAUAGCCGAAAGAUCCAAGAUAUUUAUUCGCUUUCGGUGUAUAUUAGCUACUGUGUUUUAGACACACUUCGUUCGUAUCUACUUGUUAACCUAUUUAAUUUAAUAUUACAUUAUUUUGUAUUAGUCAGCUAUAGUAGCUGGCUGGUUAAGUUAGCACUAGCCUAGUUGCUAAUGCUAGCUAGCUAACAUUCCCGAACAUGAGCUCACUAAACUACUCUCCUCCUGUUAAAGAAGAGGGGGUCUGCUGGACGGAGGAAGAAGCUCUGGGGCUGAACAUUGUCAUGAAAGAGGAGGAUGUGACAGUAAAACAAGAAGUAGAGAUUGAGUCUGUUACAGUGAAAGAAGAAGAGAAAGAAGUUUCAGUGAAAGAAGAGGAAGACGCGUUCAGAGUGAAAGAGGAGGAUGUUACAGUAAAAGAAGAGGAGAAAGAGGAUGCAUGUUUUGGAGUGAAAGAUGAGGGGGAGAUGACUGUCACAUUGAAAGAUGAAGUCGAAGAGGAGGAGAAAGGAGAUAUGAUUAACACCAGAGAGAGAUGGGACUAUCAUGGAUCCUCUGGGGAGCCUCAACAACAACAUGAUGCUGACGAGGCAGAGCAGAGUCUCUCCACAUCAGAACAUCUCAAGAAACACCAGCAGAGACCUGCUAGGAAGAAAUCUAUUUGCUGCUCUGACUGUGGGAAACGUUGCAAAUCUUCAUCAGAUCUUAAAAUACACCAACGAGUACACACAGGAGAGAAACCAUACUGCUGCUCUGACUGCGGGAAAAGUUUCUCAAGAUCAAAUUCACUAAAAGUACACCUGAGAAUUCACGCUGGAGAGAAAUCUCACCACUGUUUUGAUUGUGGGAAGAGUUACUUAAGAUUAAAAUCACUGAAAGUACACAUGAGAAUUCACACUGGAGAGAAACCUUACAACUGUGAUCAAUGUGGGAAGAGUUUUACAUCUAGCUAUCUGAUUAUACACCAGAGAACACAUACAGGAGAGAAACCGUACAGCUGUUCUCAAUGUGGGAAGAGUUUUACUCAGUCAAGCAACCUGUUAUCACACCAGAGAAAACACACAGGGGAGAAAUCUUAUAGCUGUACUCAAUGUGGGAAGAGUUUUACUCAAUCAAGCACCCUGUUAUCCCACCAGAGAACACACACAGGAGAUAAACCUUAUUGCUGUGAUCAAUGUGGGAAGAGUUUUACUUCAUCUAGCAGUCUUAUUGUACACCAGAGAACACACACAGGAGAGAAACCUUAUAGCUGUGAUCAAUGUGAGAAGAGUUUUGUUACAUCUAGCCGUCUUAUUGUACACCAGAGAACACACACAGGAGAGAAACCUCAUAGCUGUGCUCAAUGUGACAGGAGAUACUCUGAUAAAAGAUCUCUGAUCAAACAUCAGAAAAUACAUACAUGAAGGGGUUGUUUCAUGAUAUUAAUGAAAUAAUGUCACAAUGUAGAAUGCUUUAACAUUGUAGAAGGAGUGAUUUAAUUGUCACAAUCUUGAUGCCUAAUCGUUUGCCCCGUGUUCUAUUGAUUUCAGCCUGAUAUGGAUAUUAGGCUCAGGGGGGAAAUCCAGGCUCUGAUUUGAAAGAGCACUAUUUAUGUGAUUUAACAAAAAGUGACUGACACAAAAAGAGCUGUGUAACACUUACCAUGUUGCUUACCCACUAGAAUCUAAAUGCAACACUUCAAAAUGUAGCGAUCUGCUUUAUACAAAUUGUCCUCUAACCAGGGAUGUACACAUUACUCCUAGAUUCCAUGUGGUUUUUGAGCUGUUAGUUUUAACAGGACGUGCAACCUUAUCUCCCCACUCUCACGCAAUUGAUUUCAACAUAUCGUUGAGUGAUGAAAAAUAAGUGUUGCGUUCCUUUGUUAAGCGGCCCCUACAUUUUAAAUGCAUCACUCCAAAAUGUAGCUGACUGUCUUCUGCAGGUUGUCCUCUAACCAGUGAGGUAAAAGAUAUCUCCCAUUUCCAUGUGUUUUUUUCAACAUCACGUACAACCUACUUUACCCCCUAAUCGAUUUCAGUGAUUUAUUGCUACUUGUCAAAACAACAGCGUUUCUGGUGUUUGUGCUGUUUAUAAGGAGCAUGUUUAAAAAAUUCAAGUAAUAUGAUUGUUGCAGAUUUUUGUAUUAAGUGAAUUAUUGCCAAUACAUAUUCAUGUACAUUUGGUUUUGAUAUUUCAUAUUUACAGUUCAUGUAACAUUUAGUAAUCUUAACUAUCAUAAUUAUUUAUGCAACCAGCUGACCAUUUUUGGGUACAAUUAUAUUGACAUUGUUGCCCUGCUUUUAGAAUAUCAGCGUUCAUUCUCAGAUGUGCCAACUCAAAUGUACUAGAGCAUGACAUUGGGGACUGGGCCCCGAUCCAGCAACAUGCCUAUCAAGUGAACCCUGAAAAGGAGAGAGAGAGGCUCCGCAGUGAGGUGGAAAAUUACUACGGAUUUUGCCGGAGUUUCCUCUUGAAAUCAGACAUGUUCGUUUUAAGGAAAACUUGCUGAUUGUCUCACGGGUGGACACUCAAAAUUUUUGUGUUUUGCAUUUAGCCAGUGCGUUACCAUGGAUCACAGUUUAUUUUGACUGCACAUUUUUCGGGAUUGAAGAUGAGUGUUGUUUGGUUCUAGAAGCUAGUGAGUUCUAGAAGCUAGUGGGGGAAUUUUUUUUUACAUUUGUUUUAAUUGUUGACAGCCAGUCGACAUCAUGUUCAUAUUGUGGAAGGUGAAGCAUUGUGGUUGAUUAUAAUUUCAAAAUUAGUUUUAGGAUUCUAGAAAGAAAAAGGAGAGAACUAAUAUGAUUGUAUAUUAUUAUUUAGAAAUGUUUUUUCUUGUUUUUUAGUUGUUGACAGCCAGUAGACACCAUGUUUAUAUUGGUGAAGCAUUUUAGUUGAUAUUAAUAUGAAAUGGAAGUUGUUUUCUGUUGGUGAUGAGAACUUGUCCAACAAAAAUAUAGGAUAUAUUUGUUGUCUUAAGGUGGAAGGCUUUGGUUUUUCCAUUCAUGUUUUGAGGUUGGACUUUAGCCCGUAUAGCUCAUUAGCACUGUGAGGGAAUUUUCUGUUAAACCUUACUAAUGCUUGUGUAGUAAAAUAUAAUUAUUUAAGCCGAGGCAUUGGGCUUGAGAUUGGUAAAGAACCUAACUCCUAUAACAUAGAAAAGUGUGUUGAUGUAGGCCUGUUCUAACUAAAUCAAAUUGUAUUUAUGUAGCCCUUCUUACAUAGCAAAGUGUUGUACAGAAACCCAGCCUAAAACCCGAAAAGGCAAGCAAUACAGGUGUAGAAGCACGGUAGCUAGGAAAAACUCCCUAGAA